CUUCUUGUUCCACACUUAAAAAAAUCAGCUCUCGGCUCAAAAUCCUAACCACAAUCCUCUCACCGGCGAAACCCAAAACCAAGCCAUGUCGUUGGUGGAACCAAUUACGAUCCGGUUCGGCAUCGUGGGCUGCGCUGAAAUAGCCCGUAAGGUAUCUCGAGCGAUCAAUCUGGCGCCCAACGCCCAAAUCGCGGCCGUCGCUAGCCGGAGUCCGGAGAAAGCCGGCGCUUUCGCCAAGGCCAACAACGUACCGGCCGAAGCCAAAAUCUACGGCUCCUACGAGCCCCUCCUCGACGACCCAGACAUCGACGUCGUCUAUCUUCCGUUACCCACCUCCCUCCAUCUGAAAUGGGCCACCCUCGCGGCCCAGAAGAAGAAGCACGUUCUCCUCGAGAAGCCCGUCGCCGUGACGGUGGCAGAACUUGACCAGAUUCUGGCGGCGUGCGAGGCUAACGGCGUCCAGUUCAUGGACGGGACUAUGUGGGUCCACCAUCCCCGGACGGCCAAGAUGCGGGAGUUCUUGGACGACAAACGGCGAUUCGGGGAGCUCAGAACGAUACAGAGCUGCUUUACAUUCGCAGCACCCGAGUCCUUCCUGAAAGACGACAUCCGGGUCAAACCGGACCUCGACUCACUGGGCGCACUGGGUGACGCCGGUUGGUACGGAGUGAGGGCAAUUCUCUGGGCAGCAGACUACCACCUCCCCAAAACCGUCGUCGCCACACCUGGCUCCGUCACGAGCGACCGAGGCGUGAUCCUAGCGUGCGGAGCCUCCCUCCACUGGGAAGACGGCAAAUCAGCCACCUUCCAUUGCUCUUUCCUCACCCACCUGACCAUGUUCCUCACCGCGAUCGGGACCCAGGGGACCCUGCAGCUCAACGACUUCAUCAUCCCCUUCCAAGAACACGAGGCGAGCUUCAGUACCAGUUCGCGGGCGGGGUUCGAUGACCAGGUGACGAGGUGGGAGCCCGGGCCGAGGCAGGAGGUUGCCGGGAUCGAUGGUGUGCCGCAGGAGGUUCGGCUGAUCGAGGAGAUGGCGAGGCUGGUUGGCGAGAUUAAGGUGGGUGGGGCGGGGAAGGUGGAUCGGGAGUGGGGGGCGAGGAGCAGGAAGACGCAGCAGGUUUUGAAUGCUGUCAAGGAGUCGAUUGAGAAAGGGUUUGUUCCUGUUGAGAUUGCUUGAGAGCUUGAUUGAUGUACUUAAAUCGGCUUUGGUGAAAUGGAAGGGGAAGAAUCGGAUUAGAUGCAUCGAUUACUACUGAGAGGCAGAGAGUUGGCAUUGGGGAAUGGGAAUGGGAA